AUGCCUCCCAAAUCCACGAGCAGGUUCCAAACAUCUCUCAGCAAUUGGUUCAAAUCCAACAAAAAGCCUGGCUCAGUGGAUGUCAACACUUUGACGGACGACGACGACGAAAGUCGAACGCUGCCUCCACCAUCUGAACCGGAUUCUACUGCAGCAAUAGAUGGAGAAGACGAUGAUAUCGUGUCCAAUGCUCGGCCUACCAGAGGCAAAGGCACAGCACAACUUAGCGAGCUUGGGACGGAAGACGAUGACCAACCACGACCAAAGAAGAAGCUGCUCCUGGCCCCGGAGGCUGACGCAAAGGGCAAGAAAGCACGCGUCAACAAGAAAAAGGCAUCGACAGCACCGGCCAAGGUUACCAAGGGAAAACGGAAACUAGCCGCAAGGGAGAAAGCAAAGAAGAAAGCCACGGGUGACGAAGAUGUUUCCGAGACGGAGGAUGGAAGCGAAGACGAGGAUGAAGGAGACAAAAUCAACCGUUCGAAGGCACAUCCGGAGGAUCUCAACCUUCCUCCUCUUUCCACAAUGCCCGCCAUAUUUCGGGAUAUCGUAGCACGGAACCCCAAGCUCAAGGACGUUGUCACGCUCUUCCAAACCCAUACAGACCGCGCCGGGGAGCCGCGGAAACUACGUGUCGGAACAAUGUGUAGUGGCACAGAAUCUCCACUGCUCGCUCUUCAGUUGAUCAGCGAGGCGAUGGAGCUCAAUGAUGCAAUGAGAGGCCAGAGACUGGAUGUCGAGCACAUCUUUUCGUGCGAGAUUGAGCCUUUCAAGCAGGCGUACAUCGAGAGAAACUUUCGACCACCGAUUCUAUUUCGCGACGUGACGGAGCUCGGCAGAGACGAAGCAACUACUGCAUACGGCUCGCUUGUUCCUGUUCCUGGAAACAUUGACCUGCUUGUAGCAGGUACUUCUUGCGUCGAUUAUUCGACGCUGAAUGUCCACCAGAAGAGUAUCGACGCGGGUGGAGAGUCCGGAAAUACAUUCUAUGGAAUGCUUUCGUAUGUAAAAAAUCAUCGACCGCCCAUUGUCAUCCUCGAAAACGUCUGCGGUGCGCCGUGGGACAAAGUCUGUGGCGAGUUUGAGGACAUUGGCUAUCGUGCCCGAUUUCUUCGACUUGAUACCAAAUUCUUCUACAUUCCGCAUACCAGGACGCGCGUCUACAUGAUUGCCAUCGAAGCUCGACGGAUAAAGGCAAAGGCGACGAAUGUGAGCGUCGACGACCUAGUCGAGGAAUGGGUUGAGGGGAUGAAGUCGCACAUGCAGCGCCCGGCUUCAUGCACUCUGGAUGCGUUUCUUCUUCCAAAUGAUGACCCACGCAUUCACGAAGGUCGGCAACGUUUGGCAAUCGAGACGAAGACGAGUGCCAAUAGGAGACGAAAGGAAGUCGAUUGGGCACGUUGUGAGCAGCGGCAUACACGAGCAAGAGCGGAGGAAGCGUUGGGAAACAAGAGGCCCCUGACAAGGUGGGAGGAAGGUGGAGGAUUCAACUUCCUCGACUACAUCUGGGAGGACUGGUGUGCAGACGCGGUUCCUCGUGUCAAAGAUCUCAUGGACAUCUCACAUUUGCGAGCCGCCAAACUUGGGGUUGACACGAGCUAUAAAACGACCGUUUGGAAUCUUUCACAGAAUGUCGACCGUCAGAUUGGCUCUGGGAGGCUAGGCAUUGCUCCAUGUCUUACACCGACCAUGAUCGCCUAUAUCACCAACCGUGGGGGUCCCCUUGUCGGCAUCGAAGCCCUUGGCCUACAAGGUCUUCCAGUCGACCGAUUACUUCUCACAAGAGAGACGCAAGAUCAACUGGCAGACCUUGCCGGAAAUGCCAUGUCGACUACCGUCGUUGGUUCCGCCAUUAUCCUUGCUCUGGUUGUUUCAAUCCCAGUUCUUGAAAAGACCAUUGAAGAGCGCGAUGGCGCUGUCGACCAGCCGGAUGAGAGGUCUGAACUUGCUGUAGAUCGACUUCUCUACACGGAAACCCUCGAUGACCGAAUUAUGGGGCUGGAAGAACUUGAAACGCAUCCACUCCAACUUUCUGCCAUCAGCGACCUCUCGUGGCACGACUUACUCGAGGGAUCAGUGAGGGCUAAGAGGUGGUGCCGAUGCGAAGGGAGAUCGGCGAUUACCGACCGUCAAAUGCAUGAAUGCUCUGCGUGCGGAGCAACUUCUUGCGUCAAAUGUGGUCAACGACCAGAGCAUAUGUAUCGACUCGUCAUGUUUCCCAACGGGCGCCCACAACCCGUCAAGUUUGCUGAAGAGGCGAAGAAAGCGCUCCCCAUGGCGUUGAGCUUCCUCGCAACUCCGACAAUAAAGGAUCUCAAUGCCCUCAGAGCCCAAAGUGGAGAGAUAGAUCCGGCGUUAUGGGCUUCAUGGGUCCAAGCCACUGUGGAUGCCCUUCACAUGCCUCUUCACUUUGUCGAUCUUCGGCGGCAGGAUAUUUGGGUAGCCAUUUAUGAAAGCCCAACUGCUCGCUUGGAGUUACAUCUUCAUCCAAAGCGGCCUGAAUGGCGGCUUUUCGCCAUCCCGGACGCGAAAUUGGCCGCGAAUAGCCCGAUUAGAAGGAUGCUAGUGACACCAAUCUCUCGCAUGAUCUGCCAAGGGGACGUUCUUGCCGGAAGAUGGGAGUAUGCAGUUCCUGGACAAUGUUCCAUCUCUAUUCUCAUUCAGGGCGUUUCCAGCGGUGAAAAUGCGCUCACAGAUUCUUGGGAGAAGAGUCUGGGUCUCCUGGAUAGCAAGUUUGUCAACAAAUUGGUUUGGAAAGAACUGUUGAUUCAAGCAGUCGACCACGCGGGCAAACCGAUAGGAUCUUGCCCAUUCGACCGCGACAUUUCCGGUACAUAUAGAUACCUGCCAAGCUGCGGGACUGCAUGUCAUUCCCUUCACAAGAGAAUCAGGAAUGUGAACGGAGAUCGCGUGGACGACUCUCAGCCUGACCUCUAUUUCUUCCUUGACCCGAGACGCACGCGAGAAGGAAGCUGUGACUCUUUCGUCUUUUCUACCAGUCCUAGGAGGUAUGAGUAUUCGGAGUGCCGACCCAUCAUAGCCAGGCUCAAUCCAGAAUGGCGUCAGAGCGAUCGUCAAGAAACCAAGGCCGAGUGUAGCGUCGAUUGGACGUGGAUUAUUUCCAAAACACUUCUUUGCACGUCAAUGUCCUCUCGCGACGCGUUUUAUAAUUGUCCUUGCGGCGACUUGGAAAUUGCGGCAGAUGUAAAGGCUUGUGCCAAGGCUACUGCCAUCCUCACAUGUUCAGUGCCGCUUGGUGAUGAACCUGGAGAACUCUGGCCAAUGAACCAGUGGUUCGAGAUUGAUAAAUUGCGCGAAAGGGAGUAUCUGAAACUUCUAUCGUGGAUCCUUGAGAGAGUUCGGAACAUCUCGCAUGAUGGCACAUGGAAGGAGAUUCGACUGGCAAAAGAAUUCGAGGACCCGCAAUUCCGCUGCGAGCGAUGCGCUCCACGGCCACCUCGGAUUGUGUGGUACAAGAAGGAGAGAGGACAUAUCAAUGAUAUAAGGGCCAUAGAAGAUCCGAGGCAAGCAGGACCCUUUGAGCGAGCUUUGAAGGCACGGCCACCCGCCUUUCAAAUUCACGUCAAGUAUGACAUGUCCGACAAGCGAGGUCGAGUAGUCAUAGGAGUAAAUCCAGUGACUCUCAUUCACCAGGCCAUUGCUUAUCUGCCUCCUCGCGACGGUUGCAUCGACGCUGCCUGGCGCCUUGACACAUCUUAUGUUCCUCUACCCCUGAUCUCCACUCCCGACUUUGUCAUUCCAAGUAAUCGACAUGACGAACCUGCGGCACAACCUGAGGGAUUCAAGCUCAAGCUCCGACCGGAACAGCUUCGCUCUCUCAGAUGGAUGCAACAGCAAGAGGACUCGCCCGUGCUCUUCGUCGAAGAAGAGAUCUGCGAAGAUGCCUCGGAGAACCUGGGCUGGAGAAUAGAAGGAAGGGCCAGACGCUCUGUCUCGAUCCGUGGUGGCGUAGUCGCGGACCAAGUUGGCUAUGGCAAAACUGCCAUUAUGCUGGGCUUAAUUGCAACGCGAAACGCCAAGAAACUCGCGAAGCAAAGCGACGCGCCGAAGGGGAAAAUCAUGGCCAAGGGAACAUGUGUCAUUGUUCCUGCACAUCUCGUUCUCCAAUGGAAGGGGGAAGUCACCAAGUUUAUUCGAUCCAUCGGAAAGGAGUCUGCCAAGGUCGUCACAUUGCUCCAGGGGAACGACAUUAAUUCGACGACCAUUGAGGAUAUUCAAAGCGCGGAUAUAGUCAUCGUCGCAUCUACGAUGCCUAAUUCCGAGCAUUACUGGGAUAACUUGGGAUCUUUUGCUGGCGUGGCGCUUCCAAGCAAAGCUGGUCGUUAUUUCAACGCUCGCUUAGAGCAGGCUCAUGCCGCACUUUCGAAACAAGUAGAGCUCUUACAAGCCGACAAGGGUCCCGAGAAAGUACUUAAAGUGAUUCAGAACGCGCAUGCUAACGUGAACAAUCAGGAGCAGUUUGUUCAGCUCAAGCGACUCAAAGGCAAGGCCUACGCGGACGCCCACGAAGAGAGGGGCAGGUUGCUCAAGAAGCUCGCCUCCGAAAAAGAAACUGAGCAGGUCGUGGCAGUUCCAAUGAAAGUGAUGAAAUCUCUCCCAAAGAGGGAAUUGGCAUGUCCAGAGACCGUUCUGGACAAGCCAGAGGGCGACAAGAUCAUCAGGCCUACUAGGAUUUUCCUGGGGGUGUUUCCACCCAUUAUCUACGGCAUUAACAACCGAAAUCUGUCCAAAUCCCGCGGUCGAUUGCAGCGCAAGCCGAUUAUUAUCGACUCGGACUCGGAUGAUGCCCCAAAGCAGGGAAAGCGCUAUCUGGGGACCAAAGACGACAGCGAGGGCGAUUACAAGUAUCACAGUCAUAGUGAAAGCGACGAUGAGACAGAUUUUGAGGAUAGUGAAGAGUCCUCAUCCGCGGAAGAAAUCUUUCUAUCCGACGAGUCGGACGUGGUCCGGCGGAAACCACCGAAGGUGAUCAAAAACCCUCCAAAACCCAAAGCGGUCGAGAAGAGUCCUGGCAAGAAGAGGAAGAACGAGGGCGACGAAAACGAUGGACCACCAGCGAAGAAGGCCAAAGUUGUAAAGCCGAAGAAGUCACGAGCAACCAUGGAUCCCUGGAAACUGAGUGACAAGGCCAUUCGAGAAAAUUGGACCCAAAUGCGAGCACCACCCUUGGAUAUGUUUCAUUUCCACCGUCUGGUCAUUGAUGAAUUCACUUAUACCAAGAAGGAGCAUGUUUCGCACGCUAUUGUAACCCGGCUCUCUGCCUCAUGUCGAUGGGUGAUGUCCGGCACCCCACCAACAGGCAAUUUUGCCUCCGUCAAAGGCAUUGCUGCGUUUCUUGGUAUUCACCUAGGCGUCGAUGACGACGCUGAGGGAGCCACAGAGGAAGUCAAAUCACGCAUACAAGACAAGACUGCUGCCGAGGCCUUCCAUUCCUUCCGUGAGGUUCGAAGCGCUUACUGGCAUACUGCCCGUCACACAAUAGCGCAGCGCUUUCUUGACCAAUUUAACCUAGCAGAAAUAGAUGAUAUCCCUCUAGAAGAGAAAAUCUGCGCCGUAACCUUAACAGCUUCGGAGCGUGCUCUCUACCUCGAGUUGGAGCACUACUUGCGGGCGCAAGAGCUCAAGAUGAAGAAGACGGGCAAGUCUCAGAGUGAUAGGGUUCGGCGACUCAAUAAGGCUCUAGGGGAGUCAAAGACACCAGAAGAAGCCCUGCUCAAGAGCGCAUCCCAUUUCGAUUGUCAGACCGUUGAUAUUCUCAAUUCUACGGUCGCCUGUGACAUCAUUGUAAAACAGAGACAGGACGAGUUGGACAAGUGCAAACGUGAGCUACGCCGCAGGUUGAUCAAGGCCUUCAAGAUGGAAAGAAGACUGCGAUCCAGCAAGGUUGUCAGAGAUACCGGAGGAAGGUCGCACUUUCGGCAGACUCUCGAUGAAUGGGAGCACGGUGGGGACAAAGAUAGCGAAACCAAGGAGAUUCUCGCCUCCUUGGUAAAGGAGGCUCGAAACCCAGACGCAGAGGCAGACUCAGACUCCUCGACUGAUGGAGAACCCAGUACAGCGAUCAAAAGGGGCUCAAAGAAGACCACCAAAGAGGAUGAAGACAAGAUGAAUGACACAGAUUUGGUAUGGGCUCAUCGAGAGCACGCACAUGAGCUUCGCGCUCUCGCCAAAGAAUUGGGUGGAAGAGUUCGCUCACUCAGAUUUUUCCAAUGCGUCCGAUCCUUCCAAGGAGAUGCAAAUUUGCUCAGCGAUUGCCCAGUAUGUGGGAAAACUGGCCUCGGGAUGAGUGAUGUCUCGAUUUUGUCUUCUUGUGGUCACGUUGGAUGUCACUCAUGUGUCGCCAAAUCGGCUGCCAACGAGGCCUGUAUACAGCAGAGUUCUGGUGGGUGCAAGGUUCCCGCCAGUGCUCUCUUUGUUGUCCGCGCCGAUACCCUCGGAUACGACCGAAAAGCGGAUGCGAAAGGCAAGCAUUGGGGCCAGAAGUUGGAGGAUAUUGUAGCGCUCAUCAAAUCACUGCCUUGCGAUGAGCGAGUUCUGUUAUUUGUCCAAUUCCCUGACCUCACCAAAAAGGUUGCUGAAGCACUCGCUAACGGUGAUUUGUCGUAUUCCGAGAUCAAAGGUACUCCAAUGCAACAGUCGAGGGUUCUUCAGGACUUUCAAGAUCCAAAAUCGAAAUGUCGAAUUCUCUUGCUCAAUCUCGGAGACGAGAGUGCGAGCGGCGGGAAUCUCACGGUCGCAAACCACGCUAUAUUUAUCUCUCCACUUUUGGCAAAAAAUCAGUUCGAGUACACUCAGGCGGAGACGCAGGCUAUCGGACGUAUUCGACGAUUUGGACAGACGAAAAUUGCCAACAUCUACCGCUUCGUCACGCGUAGUACUAUUGACGAGGAAAUUUACACCACACGUGGCCAGACUCUUGGAGAUCUCAGCAAGAAAGUCCAAAUUUGUCGUGUCAUCGGGCACACGUUGGAGGAUGAAGAUUACGCCAACGCCAUGGAUGUAGACGAAUAG